AUGAACAUGAACCUGCUCAAUAGAAGUCUUGAAGGCGUCGUUGCUGUUGGCAGGGAAUUUGAGAGUGUCGAAGCAUUGUGGUCACAAUUCGAGGGGGUCAUGGGGAAGAACCCGGAUGAGGCGAAGACUGAAGGUGUGGGAGAGGGGGAUGACACACGUAUGGGUGGGUGA